AUGCAUUCGAGAGUUGUUCGAGAGGUUCAUCGCUCACCCGCUGUGCACCAUGUGAUGGAUCAAAUCUGUUUGUUAUGCCAUGAAAUGUUCUCCCAUGAAGUGCCAAGUCUUCGUGCGGAAUGUCGAGCUAACUGCUUCCGAAACGACAAGUUCGCUUCAUGUAUCGCUAUGUUCAGCUCGAAAAAUCGCCCACAACGCGAGCGAUAA